AUGGGCGUUAAUCUGUGUGAUGCACUUGAAUUAUGCGAUAAUGGUCUUGUCUUCGAUCAAAAAUCUCAAAAUUAUACGUUUGGUGGAAGUUAUACCAAUAUGUAUUGUCCUGAUAAUAAGUGUGAUAAUGAUGAUAACAAAAAAAUUAGUUCUGCUUUUAUAGGAUUGCUAGGUUUCUGUAAGGAUUAUGAUGAUAUUAAAAAUUUAGAGAGUGAUAAAAAUGCUGAAUACGCUAUUUUAUGGUUAGGUCACAAACUGAAUCAAAAAACAGAUGAUGGAACCACCACAUUAAAGGAUUUUUAUAAUAAUCAUAUAGAAACAAAUAGUCAUUAUAAUCAGAAAACAUUUGGUGAUAGUGCUAAUAAUAAUAUUAAGAUAGAUGUUAUAGAUGCAAAAAUAAAAUCGAUGAAUAUGAAUAUUAAAGAUAUAUCAAAUUUUUAUGAUGCAUUUAAAUUAUUAUGUAAGAUGAAUAAAGAAAUUGGUACAAAAAAAAUCCAAUGCAAUACAUGUUUAAAAAAUGCUGGAGAAUUUUAUGAAAAAUGUGAAAAAGUUAAAAAUAUUUUUGAUAUUAAUAAAGGAAGUUCUUAUUUACAACUAUUGUCUAGUUUAUUAAAAGAUUAUGACAAAUUUAAAGAGAAAUAUAAAAAGGAUGUAUGUAAUGAUAUCGAAUUCCUUGUAACUUGUCCACGAAGUUCAGUGACAAAAAGUCAAGCGACAAAAAGUCCAGUGAUAGAAUGUCCAGUGAUAGAAUGUCCAGUGAUAGAUUGUCCAGUGACAAAUUGUCCAAUGACAAAAAAUACACUAAUUACAAUUGCAAUUAUAUUUGUUGCAGCAUCAAUUUUAUUGGGAAUUUCUUAUAAGUAUUCGUUAUUUGGUUUUCGAAAACGAUUUCAAAAACAACAUUUAAAAGAAAAGCUAAAAAAGCAAAGAAGAAACUGA